GUCAUUGGAGCGGGUCUGGCUCGCGCUCCCCGCAGAUUCCGAGCCGGGAAUUUCGGCGGAUUUAGCUCGCAGGCAAAACGCAAUCCCAGCGCUCCCGGAGCGGCCUCUUUUGUAGAAGCACCUGAGAUGCUGGGUGUGGUGCACUAAACGGUAGCGGCAGCAGCAGCCACAGCAAGCUGGGGCCCUGUGUAGAAGCUCCAUCCCCUUGUCUCUGUGCCCGCCUGACUCAGAGGCAGAUUAUCUUAGAAGAUCUAGGCUUCUGAAAUGUUUCCCCUGAAGGAUGCUGAAAUGGGUGCCUUUACCUUCUUUGCCUCAGCUCUGCCACAUGAUGUUUGUGGAAGUAAUGGGCUUCCUCUUACACCAAAUUCCAUCAAAAUUUUGGGGCGAUUUCAAAUCCUUAAGACCAUCACUCAUCCCAGACUUUGCCAGUAUGUGGAUAUUUCUAGGGGAAAGCAUGAAGAAGUGUUUAUUGCCUUCUUAUGUGGUUGCUGUGUAGGGCAUGAGAAGGUAUUGCAUAAGCUGAGACACUUAAUAGAGAGACUGGUGGUGGUAGCUGAACACUGUGAACGGAGUCUAGAAGACUUGCUUCGAGAGAGGAAACCCAUGAGCUACUCAAAGGUUUUGUGCAUAGCAUUUGAGGUACUUCAGGGUUUGCAGUAUAUGAACAAACAUGGUAUAGUACACCGGGCACUUUCUCCUCAUAAUAUUCUUUUGGACCGAAAGGGACAUGUUAAAUUGGCUAAAUUUGGACUUUAUCACAUGACAGCUCAUGGUGACGAUGUUGAUUUCCCAAUUGGGUAUCCAUCAUACUUGGCACCCGAGGUAAUUGCACAAGGAAUUGUCAAAAGCACUGAUCAUAUGCCAAGUGAAAAACCAUUGCCUUCUGGCCCCAAAUCAGAUGUGUGGUCUCUUGGAAUAAUUUUAUUUGAGCUUUCUGUGGGAAGAAAAUUAUUUCAAAGCUUGGAUAUUUCUGAAAGACUAAAAUUUUUGCUUACAUUAGAUUGCGUAGAUGACACUAUAAUAGUUCUGGCUGAAGAACAUGGUUGUCUGGACAUUAUAAAGGACCUUCCUGAAAAUGUGAUAGAUCUUUUGAAGAAGUGUCUCACCUUCCACCCUUCCAAGAGGCCAACUGCAGAUGAAUUAAUGCAGGACAAGGUAUUCAGUGAAGUGUCACCUUUAUAUACUCCCUUUACCAAACCUGCCAGUCUGUUUUCAUCUUCUCUAAGAUGUGCUGAUUUAACUCUGCCUGAGGAUAUCAGCCAGCUGUGUAAAGAUGUAAACAGUGAUUACCUGGCAGAAAGAUCUAUUGAAGAAGUAUAUUACCUUUGGUGUUUAGCUGGAGGUGACUUGGAGAAGGAGCUUGUCAACAAGGAAAUCAUUCGAUCCAAACCACCUAUCUGCACACUUCCCAAUUUUCUCUUUGAAGAUGGUGAAAGCUUUGGGCAAGGUCGAGACAGAAGCUCACUGUUGGAUGACACCACUGUGACGUUGUCAUUAUGCCAGCUAAGGAAUAGAUUAAAAGAUGUUGGUGGAGAAGCAUUUUACCCACUACUUGAAGAUGACCAGUCUAAUUUACCUCAUUCAAACAGCAAUAAUGAGUUGUCUGCAGCUGCCACUCUCCCUUUAAUCAUCAGAGAGAGGGACACAGAGUACCAACUAAACAGAAUCAUUCUCUUUGACAGGCUGCUAAAGGCUUAUCCAUAUAAAAAAAAUCAAAUCUGGAAGGAAGCACGAGUUGACAUUCCUCCUCUUAUGAGAGGUUUAACAUGGGCUGCUCUUCUGGGAGUUGAGGGGGCUAUCCAUGCCAAAUACGAUGCAAUUGAUAAAGACACUCCAAUUCCUACAGAUAGACAAAUUGAAGUGGAUAUUCCUCGUUGUCAUCAGUACGAUGAACUGCUGUCAUCACCAGAAGGUCAUGCAAAAUUUAGGCGUGUAUUAAAAGCCUGGGUCGUGUCUCAUCCUGAUCUUGUGUAUUGGCAAGGUCUUGAUUCGCUUUGUGCUCCAUUCCUAUAUUUAAAUUUUAAUAAUGAAGCCUUGGCUUAUGCAUGUAUGUCUGCUUUUAUUCCCAAAUACCUGUAUAACUUUUUCUUGAAAGACAACUCGCAUGUAAUACAAGAGUAUCUGACUGUGUUCUCUCAGAUGAUUGCUUUCCAUGAUCCAGAGCUGAGCAAUCAUCUCAAUGAGAUUGGAUUUAUUCCAGAUCUCUAUGCCAUCCCUUGGUUUCUCACCAUGUUUACCCAUGUAUUUCCACUGCACAAAAUUUUCCACCUCUGGGAUACCUUACUCCUUGGGAACUCCUCUUUCCCAUUCUGUAUUGGAGUAGCAAUCCUCCAGCAGCUUCGGGACCGGCUUUUGGCUAAUGGCUUUAAUGAGUGCAUUCUUCUCUUCUCUGAUUUACCAGGAAGAGCAUAUGGGAUGAUGAAACCUCUUUGUGUAGCCAUGGAAGUAACCAACUGUGAAUCUGAAAUUGACAUUGAACGCUGUGUGCGAGAAUCAAUCAACCUCUUUUGUUGGACUCCUAAAAGUGCUACUUACAGACAGCAUGCUCAACCUCCAAAGCCAACUUCUGAUAGCAGUGGAGUCCGAAGUUCAACACCUUUUUUCUCCACUGAGUGUCCAGAUCCUCCGAAAACAGAUUUGUCAAGAGAAUCCAUCCCAUUAAAUGACCUCAAGUCAGAAGUAUCACCCAGGAUUUCAGCAGAGGACCUGAUUGACCUGUGUGAACUCACAGUGACAGGCCACUUCAAAACACCCAUGAAGAAGACAAAGUCCAGUAAACCAAAGCUCCUGGUAGUUGACAUCCGGAACAGUGAAGAUUUUAUUCGGGGUCAUAUUUCAGGCAGCAUCAACAUUCCAUUCAGUGCUGCAUUCACUGCAGAUGGAGAGCUUACCCAGGGCCCUUUCACUUCUGUGCUCCAGAGCUUCAAAGGGAAGGUCAUUGUCAUUGUGGGGCAGGUGGCAAAGCACACAGCAGAGUUCGCAGCUCACCUUGUGAAGAUGAAAUAUCCAAGAAUAUGUAUUCUCGAUGGCGGCAUUAAUAAGAUCAAGCCAACAGGCCUCCUCACCGUCCCGUCUCCUCAAAUAUGAAGAACCAAGAAAGAGUGUGAUAGUCAAAAGGACAGAGUGGUAUCAGCCCCCAACAGCACAACUCUUCACAGCCUUACCUCUCUUCGACAGAACUAGACUUCCAGAUUGUUGCAUUUCCAUAAAGUUUUGUCAUGAAACAUUUUUUUAAAUCUCAUAACCCACAUGCUCAGCGAUCCAGGCAAUAAACUUGACUGUACAUGUAUUGCUGAAAGAAUUUUCUUAA